UUACCUCCUUCUUUCUGCUAUAUAAAUAGCAUAAAAAUAAAUAUUUUCUUCUGUCUUUUUUACUUUAUAUAUAAUAAUAAUAAUAACUGCGAGACGCUCCUUCAAAGGAAGAGGAAGAAGCAGAAGCAGCAAACAAAUCGAUCUUUCUCAAAGAGGUUGAUGGGGUUAGAAGUUACAGAUACCUGUAUGGAAAAGGAGCAAGGUGUUUCUCCGGAUUCAAGUUACAUGAGAGAUGGUAAUCAAGAUGUGUCGCAGUCAUCUGAGCAUGCCAUUGGGGAGCAGAGAACUGAUAUGCUGAAUGAGAAUGUUGAUACGAAGGAGCAGGAAGUGAAGGACUGCACAGCUGAAGUGUCACUUGAUAGCAGACAGGAACAAGAUCGACCAAGCUCAAAGGUAAAAGAUGAUAACGACAGAUCAAGAUCUUCAGUGAAAUCAACAACCAAAUCUGUUGCUGGAAGUUGUAAAACAAAGUGCACUGUUCCCCAGCCAUUUGCUCUGGCAACUGAGAGGCGUGCUUCUCAUGGAACACGACCUGUUAGGAAUGAUGCAGGUGACGUGAGUGCUGCACAGAAGCCAUCUGAAACAAAUAAUUUGCAAGCCCCAAGAUCUGUACAAAACCAGGUUUCUUCAUCGGUUGCACUUAAGAAGCCACCGCAAUCUGAUAACAAGAAAUAUUCUGAUGAGGAAGACUCAUCAAUUGCCUCUUGUGAUGUGGUCUCAGCAAGAAAAUCCAGGGUCACUGUAGCGGCAGCCCCAGUAUUUCGCUCCUCUGAACGUGCAGCAAGAAGGAAGGAGUUUUACUCAAAGUUAGAGGAGAAACAUCAAGCUUUGGAGGCUGAGAAAAUUCAAUGCGAGGAAAGGACAAAGGAAGAGAGAGAAGCAGCUAUGAAGCAAAUGAGAAGGAAUUUGUUGUUUAAGGCGAACCCAAUGCCGAGUUUCUACCAUGAAGGGCCUCCACCUAAGGCUGAACUAAAAAAGCCACCACCAACCCGUGCAAAAUCACCAAAAUUUUGCAGAAGGAAGAGCUGUGGUGACACAGGUGGCUUGGAUAAAGAUGUAGGAGCUUAUGAUAGAGGAAGUCAGCAUAUUCCUGGUUACAAUGCAAAUACCACCUUUGCUUCUAGAAAUAGUAAAGACCGUUUGAGUCUCAAUAACCAACGGGGUUCUGCUACUUACAACUUUAAGAAUGAGUCCAAUCACGCAGGGGAGACGAAUGAGUCAUAUAUGACUGAGAAGCAAGACGACAUGAAUAUGGAUAUUAGCGUUCAUUCUUGAGCCUUUGGUGAGUCAUACUUUAAUAAAGUGAGAUCCUUUAUUUUCUUGUAUUUUGCCUCUUGUGACAGCUCUAAGGGUUGUCCAUUGACUUCUUAUUUAAACUGCAAAACCUUUUUCUUGCAGUAGUCUGUAACAUUAAUUUAUAAGUGUAAAUUUCUGUAAGUUAUGCCAUUACUGUGUAAAGAUACUCAUCUUAUUUUAUAUGAUUUUUAGUAUAUUGGCUAACGCGUA